GCGAGGACAGCUGAAUAAUUGGGAGCUCGAAGUUGCUUCUGCCUCCGUGAGAGGUCUGCGUGGCUGUCGCUUUUUCCUGUUUUUAAAAGGAAGCCAAACAUUUGAUCACCGUCACCUGCAGAAGUGAGUUUUUACUGAAGAAGCUCCAGCUGCUUUCUCCUUACUGCCAGCAGCCCGGCAAGGCUCCCUCAGAGUGAGCUACUUCUCAGGCCAGGCACGACAGCAGUGCUGGCCAAUCUGAAAAAGCAGGAAACAGCCCCUGCAUGCAGAGAGCUUCCAGCCUAGUCUUCCAGGCAGCUGUGUAGCCAGAAAGCCUUGGUAUUGUGGUCACAUUCCUCAAAAGUGAACAGUCACCAUCGGCGGCGUUUGGAGGAAGCUGUGAUGUUGCAGAUGCUGUGGCAUUUUCUGGCUAGCUUUUUCCCUAGGGCCAGGUGCCAAGACUCCAGAGAGGGCAACGAUCAUGAAGUCAGAGGCACCCCAGCCCCUGCUCGGGGAGACCAGGUAUCAAGCUUUCUGGUGAAACAGGAUGGAAGGGCUGAGGCCACGGAAAAGAGACCCACCAUUUUGCUGGUGGUUGGACCUGCAGAGCAGUUUCCUAAGAAAAUUGUACAAGCCGGCGAUAAGGACCUCGACGGGCAGCUAGACUUUGAAGAAUUUGUCCAUUAUCUCCAAGAUCAUGAGAAGAAGCUGAGGCUGGUGUUUAAGAGUUUGGACAAAAAGAACGAUGGACGCAUCGACGCUCAGGAGAUCAUGCAGUCGCUGCGGGACCUGGGCGUCAAGAUAUCUGAACAGCAGGCCGAAAAAAUUCUCAAGAGAAUACGAACGGGCCACUUCUGGGGCCCUGUCACCUACAUGGACAAAAACGGCACGAUGACCAUCGACUGGAACGAGUGGAGAGACUACCACCUCCUGCAUCCUGUGGAAAACAUCCCCGAGAUCAUCCUGUACUGGAAGCAUUCCACGAUCUUUGAUGUGGGCGAGAAUCUGACGGUGCCAGACGAGUUCACAGUGGAGGAGCGGCAGACGGGGAUGUGGUGGAGACACCUGGUGGCAGGAGGCGGGGCGGGGGCUGUUUCCAGAACCUGCACAGCCCCCCUGGACAGACUCAAGGUGCUCAUGCAGGUCCACGCCUCCCGCAGCAACAACAUGUGCAUCGUUGGCGGAUUCACCCAGAUGAUUCGAGAGGGAGGGGCCAAAUCACUCUGGCGGGGCAAUGGCAUCAACGUCCUCAAAAUCGCCCCCGAGUCGGCCAUCAAAUUCAUGGCCUAUGAACAAAUCAAGCGUCUGGUUGGUAGUGACCAGGAGACUCUGAGGAUUCACGAGAGGCUUGUGGCAGGGUCCUUGGCAGGGGCCAUCGCCCAGAGCAGCAUCUACCCAAUGGAGGUCCUGAAGACCCGGAUGGCCCUGCGGAAGACAGGCCAGUACUCAGGCAUGCUGGACUGUGCCAGGAGGAUCCUGGCCAGAGAGGGCGUAGCCGCCUUCUACAAAGGCUAUGUCCCUAACAUGCUGGGGAUCAUCCCCUAUGCCGGCAUCGACCUAGCCGUCUAUGAGACGCUCAAGAACGCCUGGCUGCAGCGCUACGCGGUGAACAGCGCAGACCCCGGUGUGUUUGUGCUCCUGGCCUGUGGCACCAUAUCCAGCACCUGUGGCCAGCUGGCCAGCUACCCGCUGGCCCUGGUUAGGACCCGGAUGCAGGCACAAGCCUCCGUCGAGGGUGCUCCGCAGGUGACCAUGAGCAGCCUCUUCAGACAGAUCCUGCGGACUGAGGGGGCCUUCGGGCUGUACCGGGGGCUGGCCCCCAACUUCAUGAAGGUCAUCCCAGCCGUGAGCAUCAGCUACGUGGUGUACGAGAACCUGAAGAUCACCCUGGGUGUGCAGUCGCGGUGACGGGAGCGCAGCCGCACCGGCAGACUCACUGAUCCCGGCUGCGGCCCGGGAUGUGCAGCCACCUCAUUCUGUGAAUGCGCCAACACUACGCUGACUUGCGCCAAGCUGUGAAAACCUUGGGAUGAACCCACAGGGCGGGGUGGGGAGAGCUGGCAGGCCCGUGGGCUUGUCCUGCUGACCCUGGUGGACCCUCCCAUUGGUUCUAGAGAAGACCUGUGGGCAUUCCUCAGGGUCCAGGGGUCAGCAGGAUCCAGGCUCACACACCUGGGGACAGGACAUCUCCUGCAGUGCCUGCCAAAGAGUGAGCUUGGAGGCCAACUUAGUUUUUCCAUCUUGUCCUUGCAGCCAGACAUUGGCUGCGGGCCCCCCGCGCCCCUCUGCUUCCUUCUCUGCCGAUGUGGUGCGGUAGGAGGAGGGCUGCCAGCCCGCUCCCUCCCCGUCCCUCUCCCCUCAGUCCAUGGUGAGAGGUGAGGCCAGUCUGACUUCCCAACCCACAGGGUUGACACUGACUCAGCUGGGCCGGGAAAGAAAAGGGUCUGGCUUCUGUGCCCCCCUCGCCCAAGUCCUGCUGUUGGUUACCGAGCUCGCCAGCACCUGGGAGCACGUGUGCACACAGCGGGCAUUGGCUGCCUGACGCUAUGGCGCAGGGCUUCACGGGAGGCCUCCGCUCCCUGCUUGGGGCCUCCUGGUGCUCUGAGCUGGCCUGGACUCUGUCAGGACUGUCCCCACGCUGUGGCAUGAGGGCAGUGGAGAUCGUGUUUUCGAGUGACGGGCAGAGCAUCUGCGUCCCCUGCUGAGAGAAUGGAAGGUGUUGAAGGCCUUAAUUAUGUAUCGUUGGGAAAAGGGUUUUGUUCAGACAAGCUGGACGAAUAUGCAAGUUCUGUGCUUCCGGAGGGAAGAGCAGGUCGUUGGGCCGACUGCAUUAAAGUCCGCUGCCGACGCCCCUGGGGACUUGGGUCCAAUCCCCCUUGGGGCAAAGUGGGACCAGCCUCACAUUCCACUUGUGUGACAUGUCACACUGCUUGGAGCCUAUUUAUUUUGUAUUUAUUUGAACAGAGUUAUGUCCUAACUAUUUUUAUAG